ACUUUACUCCAUACUUAUAUAUUAUGUUAUUGAUUAUUUAUUAAUUUAUUAUUAGCUUAAUGUGGGUAUUAACUAUUUUGUUAUUUAAUUUAUCGUUUGUCAGAAUGUCUCAUAACUCUCGUCGUUAUACUCGCAGCUGUCGCACUACUCUGUACUUCUUGUCUGUGUACUGUGGUUUAUUUUAUUCUGUAAGUGUGUCCUAGCAGUGUACGGUGUAUGAUAUCAAGAUCAGCCUCACACCAAAAUUGAAAUUGAUAUUUACCUAAUAUAUUUCAAUUAUUGGAACAUAUGAGGAAGCUAGAAGUAAAUUACCAAAAUAUGAAAAUAAUGAUGAUGCAGUAAGCUCGAAUAUUGAAAACCGAGGUUGUGGAAAGCGUAAGAAGAAACCAAAUACUUUGAAAAGGAAUUCAGAUUCAGAAUCAGAUAGUCAUUCACCAUCAAUUAUAAAUAUGCCAGAACCUCCUACUUGGAUAAGAUCUCUUGAUGAUUCUUAUAGAACAUACAAAUUAAAACCUUCUAUUAACAACACAAAUCUAGUUUCACCAAAUCAAAUUAGGGAAUCUACAAAAUCUACAACCAGUCAAACGACUUCAGUGUUCAAAAAAGUCACAUCAAUUUUUACUACUCCAGUUCCACAGAAAUAUAAUAACGAUAAUAAUUCAAUUUCAGAAAACAAUUUGACACAAAUGAAUUUACUUGUUCAAGAUCAGCUGCUAACAGAAACAAAUUCUGACAAUUGUUUGUCACUACCCAUGUUUGAACACGAUAAUGAAUCUCAUAAUGAAGAAAAUGAACAGUAUCAGCCUUCAUUAUCCGGAGCCGUGGACUUUUCACAUGCUACAAUACAUUUAUUGCAAAAGCAAAUUUUGUUAGUUCAACAAAUUAUAGAAGGUCAACAGAUGACUAAUAAAUUAUUAACAAAAUUAAUCAUGAGCAAUGGAGAAUCUAAAGCCCAAUCGACAAUCAGACAAAAAUGUUCUGAGCAUUUCAUUCUGCCGGCUAAAUCUAUAGCCGAAGUGUGUGAUGUUGAAGAAAAAUUGCAAUUGUCUGCAUCACGACAACUAAUGAUCAGUAGAUUACAGCAAUGUGGGGGAAGAUAGCAGAAUGACACUACCACAUUGGUAUUAAGAACAUUAUUAACAGACCAUUGCGCAUUUAACUACAACUUUGAAGGUCGAAAUUCUGGAAAACAUGCUUUCAAAGAUUUGAUAAUGUUCAGCAUUCUACUAGAUGUAACUAUGAUGAAACAUCCAACAGGAUCCGAAGAUGUGGUUAGGUGUAGAGUUAAAAACUGGUUACGCUUAGCACCAACCCGGGAGAAAUAUAAAAAAAAAUAAUAAUAAUAUUAAGUGGUAUCGUGGUACCUGGUGUAUAUAGUGUAUUAUAAUUUAUAAUUUGUAACUGUUUUUUUUU